GGGUCUGAGGGUGGAGGCUGGGAUCUGAACUCUUGGGUCUGAGGAAGGAAGACUGGAGCUUGGAUCCCCGGGUAUUUCAGAAGAAAAGGCUGGGGGCCCCACUUCCAAGUCUCUGGCCGUACUUGCAACAACUCCAUGGUUGACUUCUAGGAACCAGCUCUACUGGACUUGGGAGGUGGAGAGACCCGAGUGAGCCUCGGUGGAGCUGGAAUGGCUGUAGGAGGGCGCUACGCAGGGAAGGUGGUGCUUGUGACCGGGGGCGGCCGCGGCAUCGGAGCGGGGAUCGUCCGGGCCUUUGCUCAGAGUGGGGCCCAGGUGGUGUUCUGUGACAAAGAUGAGUCAGGAAGCCAGGCCCUGGUCCAGGAACUUCCUGGAACUGUCUUUAUGCCCUGUGACGUGACUCGGGAGGAAGAAGUAGGGGCCCUCAUUGCUGAUACCCUCCAUCGAUUUGGCCACUUGGAUUGUGUGGUUAACAAUGCUGGCUACCACCCGCCGCCCCAGUGGCCAGAGGAGACUUCUGCCCAGAGCUUCAGGCAGCUGUUGGAGCUGAACCUGCUGGCCACUUACACCUUGACCAAGCUGGCCCUCCCCCACCUGCGGAAGAGCCAGGGUAACGUCAUCAACAUCUCCAGCUUGGUCGGAGCCAUUGGCCAGGGCCAGGCAGCUCCCUACGUGGCCACCAAGGGAGCUGUAACUGCCAUGACCAAAGCCUUGGCCUUGGAUGAGAGCCAAUAUGGUGUCCGAGUCAACUGUAUUUCUCCAGGAAACAUCUGGACCCCACUUUGGGAGGAGCUGGCAGCAUCCACCCCAGACCCCGAGGCCACAAUCCAAGAGGGCACCAUGGCCCAGCCCUUGGGCCGCAUGGGCCAGCCAGCUGAGGUGGGGGCUGCAGCUCUGUUUCUGGCCUCCGAAGCCAGCUUCUGCACAGGCCUGGAGCUCCUGGUGACUGGCGGUGCAGAGCUGGGGUACGGGUGUAAAGCUAGCCACAGAACCCCUGUGGGCUGAUCCCAUCCUCCCUUCUCAACCUCCCACAUUGCCACCUCCUUAGGCCUGCCUCCCUGCUCUCCUACCCCAACCCAAAUUCCAACGUGUACCCUGGGCCUCCCAGGGACAGCCGCAGCUCCCUAGAUUCGGUCUCUACCAGAUCACCCACAGGCACCCACCCUCACAAAGAGCGAUUUGCAAGAGAGGCAUGUAGGUCACAUCUGUGAUCCCAGCACUGAGGAAGCAAGCCAAGAGAACUGUGAAGCACAGGUCAGGCUGGGUUACGCGGUGAGACCUUGUCAAAAGCAAACAGAACUGGAGAGCAGGUGGCCCACACCUGUCAUCCUAGCUACUGGGGAAGCUGAGAUCUGCGCAUUGUGGUUUGAAGCCAGCCUGGGCAGAAAAGUCCUUAGCACUCUUAUCUCCAAUUUGACACACACACAC